GUAAUUGUUUUUGGUGUCAUGUGUAUCAUUAUACUUAAUCGAGUGACUCGUUUUGCGUGUACCAGAGUAUGGAAUGUUACAACUCAUCAUGCCUAGCACCAACGACGGGAACUGCUCCACAGACAUUCGCAGCGGCUUUGCAAUUUUUUGCGGCAACACAAUGCUUAAUACCAGACAAUCUGAUAGCUGACCCAGAAGUAAACGAUUUUAACACAUACGAUAUCAUAAUAGUCGGAGCAGGCACAGCUGGUAGUGUGCUAGCCAAUCGGCUGAGUGCAAUAGAAGAAUGGAAUAUAUUACUUAUAGAAGCAGGUGAUGAUGAACCAGUGGAGGCCAAGAUACCAGGAAUGGAUAAAGGCAUGUUUAGGUCUAAAUACGAUUGGAAUUACAUAACAUCUAAUAACGGUAUUAGUAAUGCAGCCAAUAUAAACGGAUCAAUUAACUGGCCACGAGGAAAAAUGAUUGGCGGUUCUAGUAAUAUCAAUGCUAUGAUAUACAUACAAGGCAGCGAUCAAGAUUUCCAGACUUGGUAUGACGCAGGCAAUGAAGAAUGGAGUGUAAAAGAAAUACGCCGAUGCUUCAAGAAAGCUGAAAGUUUCCAAGAUCAAAAGUUACUCAAAAAUCGAAGAAUAGCCAGACAUUACGGCAGUGAUGGACCACUUGUAGUAAACACCUGUAACAGCACUUUGAGGAAUAUUACGGAUAGGGUAUUAGCCGCAUGGGAUGAUAUCGGUAUAAGAAACGUCGAUGAUCUGAAUGUUGCAAACUUGAUGGGCUCAGGUAUCACAAGAGUAACUACUGCAAAUGGCGUACGACAAAGUCACAGCCGUGCUUAUUUAUAUCCAAUACUGGAAAGAAAGAAUUUAAAAAUUAUGAAAAAUUGUUUAGUGACUAAAAUCUUAAUAGAUGAUAAUGGAGACAUCAAAGAAGCUCGUGGUGUAGAAGUGCAGCAUGGUUCAGAUAGUAUAAAGAUUUAUGCCUCAAAAGAGGUUAUUAUAAGCGCGGGAGCUAUCAAUUCACCGCAAAUAUUGAUGCUGUCAGGUAUCGGGCCCAAAGAACAUCUUAUAUCUAAAAAUAUUUCAGUUAUUGUUGAUUCGCCAAUGGUCGGCAAAAAUCUACAAGAUCAUUGUAUUAUACCCGUUACAAUUUUCAGUGAUGGUCCUAGCGAACCAAGUAAAGCAGAUAAGCAAUUCGAUACAAUGAAAUAUCUUUAUAAUCGUACUGGGUCUUUAGCGCAAAUCUCUAUUGGUGAUAUUUUGGCAUUUUAUUCAGCCCGCAGAAAUGCAAAAUCACCAGACUAUCAAAGUCAUUUUUCAUUUAUGUGGAAAAAUAGUAGCACCAUUACAGAAGCACUGACCAGACGGUUUCGGUACAAAGAUGAAGUAGCAAAUCCAUUGAUUCGACUUAAUAAGGAACACGCACUUUAUAUGCUUUUGUUUAAUGUGUUGCAUCCACAUUCCAAAGGAAACAUUUCGUUAAGUACAAAUGAUCCAAAUGACCAUCCAUUGAUAUAUCCGAAUUACUUUUCUGAUCCCAGAGAUUUAGAAUCAGCUGCGACUGGACUGAGAAUACUAACACAGGUUUUAAAAACUCGUCCAUUCCGUGAAGUUGGCGCAUUUUUGGGUCGGAUGGAGUGGCCAGCAUGUGAUGGAUUUGAAUUAAACAGUCGAGAAUAUUGGAAAUGUGUCUGUUUAAAUAUGGUACUGACAGUGUAUCAUCCAGUGGGGACUUGUAUGAUGGGUAAGGACCCACAAACUUCUGUUGUGAGCAGUCGGUUAAAGGUCCAUGGCGUUGACAGCCUCCGUGUUAUUGAUGCCAGUAUAAUACCAAACAUUACUAGUGGAAAUACAAAUGCACCUGUAACUGCCGUUGGGGAAAGAGGGGCAGAAUUAGUUUUGGAAGACUACAAUCAAGUCUCAAGCUGAUACAUAUGUAAAAACAAUAUUUUUCUUUAUAAUUAAAAUUCUCAAUUAUACCUCUCAAUUUUUUGA